AUGCCAUGUGGAAGCCAGAGCCGCACCUCCCGCGUGGCCAUUCAGGCCAGCCGGGUAUCUCACAUGAGAACGGCACCCAGGCCAGCACCAGCAGCUCAGCUGCCAGCAGCGGCAUCCCCCUUUGCAGCUGGCCCUCCUGCUGCUGGGCCCAGGCAGCCGGGUCUGAUGGCCCGGAUAGCAACCACUGGAGCUGGCGUGGGGUACACACUGGGUCAUACCAUCACUGGGGGCUUCAAUGAAGGAAGUAAUGCUGAGCCUGCAAGUCCUGACAUCACCUACCAGGAGCCCCAGGGAACCCAGAUGCCACAGCGGCAGCAGCCUUGCUUGUAUGAGAUAAAACCGUUUUUGGAGUGUGCCCGGAACCGGGUGACAUAA